AUUUGUAUUUAUUAGAUGAAAUUAAAAUGGCGGAACGAUGGCGCUGGUUGGGUUUGGUUUGAUAUUAUCACGAGUUGUUUCGUCUCUUCGUUUCUUCACUCUCUCUCUCUGUUUCUCUCCUCUUUUUUACCAACUCAGCAACAAUCUAUUUCUUCCAGAACAUUCUGGAUUCUGAUAGUUUCUCCGAUAUCCUUGAGUUUCUCUCUCCUGUUCCUUCCCUGCUUCCUGGUUGGAACUCUGCUCCGGAUCCUGCUCUGUGCCACCAGGAACCAGACCAGGACCUGGAACUCUCUCAACUUAGACGAUAGAACAGACAAUGCAGAGAACAGAUUGGAUGAAGGGCGAAUAUCUGUUGGAACUACCAAUGUAAUGCUCGGACUGGAAGUCUGGUGUAGAUGGCAGAAUAUCAGUGGAGUAUAUUCAAGAUUACAGAAGGUUGUUAAAGCAAUAGAUGAUCAGAGUGGUGAAUAUGAAGAGAACCUGAAAGAGAUCUCAACGGAGAAUCUGGAGAAACAGGAAACCAUCAGAAAUAAUUUCCCUAGAAUGGACAUCAUUUGUUUUCAGGAGGUUCAUGAGAGGAUAUUUGCUCUGAUCCUGAUCCUACUCCUGAGGAAUAGAUAUUCAAAUUUUAUCUUUGAUAUCGGAGAGAACUCUUGGAAUAUUAACAGGUUUAUGAUGAGUUCUGGAUUGUUUGUUGCUUCUAAAUAUCCAGUUUUAGAUGCAGAAUUCUUCCCAUUCACUCAGAAGAAAAGCUGGCAGUCGUAUAUAAGCUACGGAGUUCUGGUAUUUAAGGUUGAUCUAGGGAAUAACAGGGUGGGGAUUAUAUCAAACCUUCACACUGUUGCAUACCAGGGUAAAGACGACCUUCUUUCUCCUGCCCUGGACGAAUUACAUAAUGCAAUGGCUAGAUUCAAGGCCCGGAUCAAGGACGGGACGGAGAGGAUUGUGUUUGAAUGUAUUGCAGGAGAUUUCAACUUUGAUAAUAUGUCUCCGUCCGAGAUAAAAUAUAGUAAACAUCCUGUCUUUCAACAAUAUAAUGAUGUAUGCAUCAAAAAACCAGGUGUAGAUCAUGCCUGGAGUAUUGGAACGGAACUACGUCAGCUUGAGAUUGGUAAACCGGAAGUAUCUACCCCGGAGCAGUUUAGAAACAUUUUAUGUGAUGAUCUACGGAGACGAUAUUAUAUCCUUGAUGCUGAUGUUCAAGAACAGAAUUUUGAUCUCAUGACAAUAUCUCCCAGGAAAGGAAAAAACGGAGUAUGUGUUUGUCCAGAGGGUGGUAGACGGAGAAUAGAUAGAAUACUCAUUAAUAAACAACUAGCAACUAUUAGGGGAGUUUGCUUUUGUUCCUGUUUAGUAGGAAUAACCGACCAUGUUCCACUAGUCGUCACAGCUGCCUUGUUAUAAGCACUUCUGUUAUGCACCAUGCAUAACCAAGGUGUUGCAUCUGCAUUUUAUGCGUUUAGAAAUAUUGUGAUACACCAUUUAAUUUAAAAAAACACUGCAUUUAGAAAAAUUAA